CUCACGCAUCUUAAUUCUGGAAAUAAGAACACCUUCGUUCGCUUCGGGAUAUGUUUUGGAUGCGGACAUCCUGGAACCUCGUAGACACAAAAGGUGAUACAGAAAAAAGUAAAUAAAUAAACCUGCGCAAGACCCCACGGAAGAGAGCUCACACCGGGCCAUGGCGAAUCAGCCUCAGAGACUGGUACGCAGCGCGCUGGUCCCGCUGUGCGUUUUCCUUGGGACCUUGUUGACGUUUGGGGCAGGGCAGAUGCGAUACUCGGUGCCAGAAGAGACAGAUAAAGGCUUCUUCGUGGGCAACAUCUCCAAAGACCUGGGGCUGGAGCCCUGGGAGGUUGCGGAACGCGGAGUCCGCAUCGUCUCCAGAGACGCAGAAACGGAGCUUUUCGCUCUGAAUCCGCGAGGUGGCAGUUUGGUCACCGCAGGUAGAAUCGACCGUGAAGAGUUGUGUGAUACGUUGCCCUCCUGCUUGCUAAAUUUGGAGAUUCUCGUGGAGGACACCCUGAAAAUUUACGGAGUGGAGGUGGAAAUAACGGACAUUAAUGAUAAUGCCCCCAGCUUCCGGGAAGAGGAGGUGGAGAUCAAAGUCAGCGAGCAGGCUAGUCCUGGGUCGCGAUUUCCUCUUCCUAACGCUAGGGAUCCAGAUGCGGGGAUGAACUCCCUCCAGAGCUACCAGCUCAGUCCUAGUAGCUACUUUUCCUUGCAGGUGAGAGGCGGAACCGAUGGGGACAAGAACCCAGAGCUCGUGCUGGAGGAAGGCCUGGAUCGGGAGAAAGAGGCAUCUCACAAUCUUCUCCUCACAGCCUUAGAUGGGGGAGAUCCCAUCCGCAAGGGCACGGUUCCUGUUCGUGUCGUGGUCCUCGAUGUAAACGACCACACCCCAAAGUUCACACAGUCUGUGUACAGAGUGAGUGUUCCCGAAAGCCUCAGCUCUGGAACUCGGGUGCUCGUGGUAAACGCCACAGACCCAGACGAGGGUAUCAACGGGGAAGUGAGGUACUCGUUCCGGAACGUGAAAAGCAAAGCUUCUGAAAUUUUUCAGUUGAAUCCUCAAACUGGAGAAGUUCUAGUCGGAAAGCCUCUGGAUUUUGAAAAGUACAGAUUCUACGAGAUGGAAGUUCAAGGCCAAGAUGGUGGAGGCCUCUUGAGCACCGCCAAGUUGCUGAUCACAGUUGUGGAUGUGAAUGAUAACAUUCCAAAGAUAACUGUCACCUCGUCCAUUAACUCCGUAAUGGAAAAUUCUCCUUCAGGUACAGUAAUUGCUCUUUUAAACGUUCAAGAUCAAGAUUCUGGAGAAAACGGUCAGGUCACUUGCUUCAUUCCUAGUGGUCUUCCUUUUAAGUUAGAAAAGACUUACGGAAAUUACUAUAAAUUGAUAACAAGUAGUGAACUGGAUCGGGAGCAGGUGGAGAGCUACAAUAUUACAUUAAUCGCCAAAGAUCAGGGAAGUCCACCCUUGUCUACGGAAACUCACCUCCUGCUGAAAGUGGCGGAUGCCAACGACAACCCUCCAGUUUUCACUCACCCCUCUUACUCUGCCUACAUUCCUGAAAACAACCCCAGAGGCUCUUCCAUCUUCUCAGUGACCGCAGUUGAUAGGGACAGCAGAGAAAAUGCCCAGGUCACUUACUCUCUGGCUGAGGACACAAUCCAGGGAUCACCUCUAUCCGCUUAUGUUUCUAUCAACGCAGACACCGGUGUGCUGUAUGCCCUGCAAUCCUUCGACUAUGAGCAGUUCCAAACCUUACAACUGGGAGUGACUGCUAGUGACAGUGGGGACCCACCAUUAAGCAGCAAUAUUUCGCUGACCCUGUACGUGCUGGACCAGAACGACAAUACUCCAGAGAUCCUGUACCCCUCUCUCCCUACUGAUGGCUCCACUGGGGUGGAAUUGGCGCCCCGCUCAGCAGAGCCGGGUUAUUUAGUGACCAAGGUGGUGGCAGUGGACAGAGACUCGGGACAGAAUGCCUGGCUGUCCUAUCGCCUGCUCAAAGCCAGCGAGCCAGGGCUCUUCUCCGUGGGGCUGCACACAGGAGAGGUUCGCACUGCCCGCGUCUUGAUGGACAAAGAUGCUCUCAAGCAGAGCCUUGUGGUAACUGUACAGGAUCACGGCCAGCCUCCCCUCUCCGCUACUGUCAGACUUACUGUGGCCGUGGCUGACAGCAUCCCAGAGGUUCUGGAGGAUUUGGUUAGUCUGGAGACUCCCGCCAAUCCUGAUGAGUCAGGCCUCACCCUCUACCUAGUGGUGGCCAUCACUACAGUCUCCUGCAUCUUCCUCAUCUUUGUCAUGGUACUACUGGCUCUCAGGCUUCGGCGCUGGCACUCCUCGCGUCUGGUCCAGGCUGCCAGCGGAUUGGCUGGCAUGCCUCCUUCGCAUUUUAUGGGCGUGGACGGGGUGCGAGCUUUUCUCCAGACCUAUUCCCACGAGGUUUCACUCACUGCAGACUCGAGGAAGAGUCACCUCAUCUUUCCUCAGCCCAACUAUGCAGACACCCUCAUCAGUCAGGAGAGCUGUGGGAAAAGCGAGCCUCUCUUGAUAGCUGAAGACUCAGCUACCAUUUUAGGCAAAUGUGACCCGACAGAUAUUCAGGUGAGAUAA